AUGGCUUCUGUUGUGAAUGUAUGCAGUGUAAAUGUACUGGGAAAUCCCGGCAAAUUCGACGACCCUUUCAAGUUGGAAAUCACUUUUGAGUGUUAUGAACCUCUUGCAGAUGACUUGGACUGGGAACUAGUAUAUGUCGGUUCAGGGGAAUCGAAUGCAUAUGAUCAAAUUCUUGAUUCUAUUUUAGUUGGUCCAGUUGUGGAAGGACGUCACAAGUUUAUUUUCGAGGCUGGUGGUCCGGAUCCAUCUAAAAUACCGGAAAGUGAAAUUGUUGGUGUAACAGUGCUGUUGUUAAAGUGCAAGUAUAUGGAACAAGAGUUCAUCAAUAUUGGAUGGUUCGUUGCAACAGAAUACACUGAUCCGGAUUUCCAGGAGGAACCCCCUGCAUCUCCAAUCCUGGAAAAACUGCAAAGAAGGGUUUGUAUUGAUGACGUCCGUGUAACUACUUUUGCGAUCAAAUGGCACAAAAAUGAAGGAAGUGGGGAUACGGAAGGUGUUGAAACUGUAGAUUUGCGAAGUGUUGAAAUCACCAGUGAAAAAACAGAGGACGAUUCUACUAUAAAAAGCGACGUUGAUAAAAGUGACGAUGGAAAGCAGGAUGCAGGAAUUGUUGAAGAAAAAAUUGAAGCUGAUGUAGAGGUGGAAGCAUCGCUUGAUGGUGCUAGUAAAACUACUACUAGUGUUUUACCACUUCUCGAUGUCACCAAUGAAUCGAUUCCUGAUUUGGUUGAUUGA